AGCGACCUCAUGUUUGUGAAUUUUUUUAGAUAGUUUUUGUUCCUGUCGAUUUCCUUUCUCCUAACGACAAGGACAAGGACAAAGCUCUUUCCUUAUUUUGCGACUGCGAAACUGUUAGUUAUAAGUCUUCGUUUUUAACGAACAAGUUGUAAUACAGAGCGAGAGCGACGUUGCUGACUCAAAUUCUUCAAGUAGUACUGGUGUUAUAACUUUAUUGGUAAUUGAAUUAUCCUGCGUCUGUCUUACUUCCUUCACAGCAAGACCCCUUGAUCUGACGACUAACGACAAGCAUAAACGAACAACAAAGUGCACAUAGGAAGCGCAGUGAGUUUGUCUAUGCAUUGCUAGUUCUUGUACGUAUUGAUCAGAAGUUUUUACGACUAUGCGCAAAUAAGAUGAAUUCUUGUGUCUGAUUCGAUUUCCUGGAGUGGUUCUUCUACCUCGCAAAGUUAUUUCCUUUUUUUGAAAUUUUUCUUCUGACGUAUAUCAUGCCUUCUCUGUGGUCCUCUUUGACAACGUAGUUGUACAGUGAGUAGGACGAGAAGAAAGAUCAUGUGGGGUUCUUACGGCACAUCGUCGAGCAGUUCCUCGUCUUCUGGACUUUCCGGGUCAACGACCACAAGAAAGCAUUCUUCCGUGAUCACCAAGGAGAAAUUCAAAGCUUUGUUUGCUAUUUUCCAGACCAGUCGGGAUGUCCCACCACCAGUGAAGAAAGAAGUUGCGAAGAUCCUGGCACAGUUGGAUCUAGUCUCCCCACAGGGGUUUCGUGCCCAUGUGGACGCAGUUGGCGCGGAUGGGACAGCGUGGUUGCAGGAAAAGCAACAAGAGCUGCUAGCGGCGACAUGGAAAAAUGGGGGAGGAGGUCAAAGUGCGGGAGGGAAAAAUGGAGGCGUCGCCGUCAAUGCUCAUAUGGGAAUGGGAUCUACCCUUGCAGACUUGGCCGGAGCCAUAUUAGAGAAAAGUAGUUAUAAUACUUCAUAUUCAACAUUGAUGUUGUGGUUUAUCAGCUCUUAUAACUCAUACAUAUUCAACAAUCUAUUUGAUGUUUUUGUAGUGUCUGUAGGUGUAGGACGCUCACGCUCCUGAAUUUUGUUCCACCUUUACCUUUCCACUUCUUUUCAAUUUCACCCAAAAGACACUGUGAAGAUAAUAAGAUAUCCGUAGCAAAAAUUGAAAAACCAACAAGCCAGCUUCUUCUGCAUCAACAUCAGGUCCACAUGGUAAUCGAGAGCAGAUGCUUGAGGGGCUGCUUAAGGCAGCUAGAGGGAGUCUCACACCCUCACCGCAGAAUGCUGGGCCAGGUUUUAACUCGUCCGUUGGCCACGCUGCUAUGGGGCAUCAAGCUGUUGGUAUGGGUCACACGAGUUUCGGUGGGAGCAGUAGUUCGACGUCUUUCUUUCCAGGAGGAUCAUCCUGCCAAGGGAAACAGAUGUCGCUACAACCUUCAGGGAAGCAGUUCUAUGGUGGAGGUAACGUGCAGGUACAUUCUUCCCCGAAAGGUCCUUUGCUGAUGAUGAAUGCUCCGGCAGUUCCGGCUAUCAGCACUGGGCCGCUUAUCACUGCACCGCCAGGCGUGAAUUAUCCGAAUCAUCAUCAUGGUGGUGCUGCUCUGCAAUUUGGCGCAAAACCGGGUAUCACGAUUCUGCAGCAACAAGUAAGUCAAGCAAGUGUAGUCCAGCCGCCUACAUUGUUUGGAGGAGCGUCAAUACAGCCUACGGGAGUGGGAAGUGUAAUAGGACCUCCACCGAAGGGUUCCCCACAUUUUCAACAUCACUUACCUACAACUGGAGGUGCCAAUAAUUAUCCAGUGACAGCAAGCCUGCCAGUAGUUCAUCCAGAACAACAUCAACAUCAACGACAACAUGAUCCACAUCCUCUGAACGCCUUGGGCAUUGUUCCGAUCAUAGAGGAUGGCCCUCCUGCAGAUAUCGUACAUGAGACGAAGCUUUUUUUGACCAGCAUCAAAUUCGACGUGUACAGAGAGCCUGAUAAGGUGCGGGAAGUGGUAAAACAGAUGGUAUUUGAAAGGCGAAUGCAGCCUGGGUCGAUACAAGCAGUGCAGGCGUAUUUGCAGACGCAACCGUUGGCGAACACAAGCGACACAUCGACGCGGGACUUGAUGAGCCAGUUGUUUGGAACAGGCGGAAACAGUGGCAUGACAAUGACAACAGCAGGGGGAAAUAGUAGCAUGAGUAGCAUGUUGACAGGAGGAUCAGGAAGUGCUUCUUCUACAUCCUCGUUGUCUGGGAUGAACGCCGCAUCAUCUUCCGCCACCUCAUCGUCCAGUACAACUACGAGUACUGAGGAGCUCCUUGCUUCGUUGUUUGCAACUACGCCUUCAACAUCGCACAACUACAACACGACUCCUGCGACCGCAACUUCUUCAAAAUCUUUCACGGAAUCAGGAGUAACUACAGCAGCUUCAUCUCCAGACGAUCUGUUUGGAAGUGGCAACGAUAUUUUUGGUGGCCUAGAUAUGAGUUGGCUUAAUGAUACCAGCACUUCCGCAGCCAAAGAGAAUCGAAAGUCUGCCUCUGCAGCUAAAGCCGAGAUCGAUCACCUGCAUCUGAUGCUUCAGAAGCAAGCGGCGGACGCAGAAACCAAACAAAGAAAAGCGGCUGUGGAAGCUGCUAAGAAUGCAGCGGCGGCAGAAGCUGCUGCGCGUAGUGCUGCAAUAGCUGCUGAACGUCGUGCAGCUGUGAAUGGAGCAGGCAUGGCAGGCUGCCCAGAAGGGCUUGACGAUAACAGUCCUACUAGAUUCAGAACUGGCGGCAGCAACACAACUUCCAAGAAUCAGAACAGCAGCACGUCCAUAGAAAUCAAACUACUGCCAGAUCAAGGGUCUGCCGCACCAGCUGCAAGUAGUACUACUAGUGGCGCGAACUCAAAUACAGCUGCCCCUACGGGCAUUGCAGCUGACGACGAAAAAAGCACAAUGGCAUCGCCAGUUCAAGAGAUGAUGACAACCGUUCUGCGCAACGCCGUGGCUUCCAAUAACACGCUUUCAGCCGCUGCGACACCGGAAGCUGCCCUUGCAAAAGCUGCUAGUACCUCGAAAGCUACGGUGUCACCUGCUUUGCUCAUGUCAAGGAAUCUUUCUGGAACAGAACAUCAAGUAGUUACUUCUGAUGGUGCUCCUACAACUGGUACGGUUCUUGGCGCUGCUUCUAGUUCUUCAAAAGAACAAGAUGCUGUCGGACCACUUCUCGCGUCGGCAUCAUGCAACAUGCUGGCACCCACACAAAAAACAGGACUACAACUUUCAACACUCGGUGAGCUAGUACAACAGGUAGGCUCGUCUGCUUCGGCUUCCUCAUUAUCAUCUUCUAUAAUGAUACAAGCGCAACGGCAACAAGCGCAACAAGUCAAGAACCUUGGUCUUGGUGAACUACAACCUCCUGGUGAACAAAGCGAAGUGGCCCGUCAGAUGCGUGAAGAUGAAGAACAGAAACGGCAGUUGCGUGACCAUUUUACAGAGUCAGCCAGAUCCAAGGUGAUCGAUGAAGGGCUACAGUCGACUCUAUCCGCAGCGGGAGCCACUGACAUCCAGUCUUCAGCAGGCGUAUCGACUUGCCGUGGUCGCGGCAAAAAACAUCAUCACACUUCUGGCGGGAAUAGUAAGAAAAACAAAGCUUCUAGUUCUAGUAGGAGAACAGGAGGUUCAAUCCGAGAGGAGGACCAUCAAGGAGCCGAGGACAAUGAAGGUGUAGGAAGUAGAGCAGGGAGCAAGAGCAAGAACAAUAGUAGGUCUUCAAAAGACAAGAAGAACGAUAACGCCUCUUCUGUUGCUGGAGGUGCUGCUUCGAAAACAGGCUCAUCCAAGGAGCACAAAAGGGGAAGGAGUCGUAAAAGGAGUAAGAAGUCUUCGAGAAAUAACGAUCACUCUCAGAGUGAUAGAAGUUCCAACGGAUCAGGAUCACGACAUUCCUCUGACAGUAGCUCUUCGAAUCAUUCUAGACCUUCGCGAAGUGGGGGUUCCUCAAGGUCUCGCAGCGGAUCAGAUGCCUCUCGAUCAUCUUCAGGAGGUCGGCGACAGCAGUCUUCUAGAGCCGGCGGUCGCAGUGGCGUUUCGUCCAAUGUCAAGUCAGGAACUCACGCGUCCUCGAAAGUGAGUCGGUCGAAUAGCAAGCAUACAGGGACAAGCAGGCGGACGCGUAGAAGUAGUAAGGAGAUGAGCAGGAAAGAACGGUCGAAGAAGAGCAAAAGUAAAAAAUCUGGACGUCGACGCAAAAAUGGAAGUAGAUCGUCCUCUGACGGUGGUUCCUCUAAUUCAUCUGGUUCUGGUUCAUCCCGACGGUCAUCGUCAGACGAAGAUAAAGACAAGUCUUCCUCUUCUUCGUCGGGUAGCGAAGUCGACGACAGUAGUUCCUCUGACGACGAUCGUGGCCGCGGUUCUACUUCUGGCGGCCAAAAAAGCAGCAAGGAAGACGAAAAAAGACGCGCAAAGAAGCAGAAGAAGCAGAUCCAGAAGGAGGUCAGGAGAGCCCGCAAAGAAGAGCUGAAAAAGAUUGCAGCCAUGGCGAGUCAAUACCAAAAGCAAAUUCCGGAUAAAUUCACGUACACCGGAUCUCAUUACGACUUGCAUGCGGCGCAAGGGACUCCGUCUGCUGUGAAAGGGUCUAAAGGAAGCGGGAAAAGCAGCAACAAAGGUGCUAGUGGUCGUAGUAAAGGUCGGAAAUCCGAGAGCAAAGGAGAUGGAACACCAGCAAGUAGCGCUGCUGGGGGUUCAUCUGGUGAUCAAGAGGGCGAGAAGCACAGUGAGAACGCUGCUGGAACCGCAGGAGAUGGUGGUGCUGGAGUCGCGCCGAAUGCUGGUAACAACAAGAGGAAGAACAAGAAGAGCAAAAAGCAACAACCUCAGCAUCAGGAUGCAGCAUGGGCGGCGUAUUACGCGCAAUGGGGAGACGCUUACGCAGGAGGAAUGGCUGUGGAUGAAAGUACGGGGUACUACUGGGAUCCGAAUACUCAAAUGUACAUGGCCUGGGACCCCUACUCGUAUCAGUGGGUUUAUGUACCGACUGCAGCCACCGCAGGAGCAGCAGGAGCUCAUGCACAUCCUUCGCAAGGUGGUGGAGUUGGAGAUAGUAGUAGUACUAGUAGACAACUACAUGCUGGUGUAGGACAAGCAGGUACCACGACCAGACCAGGACUUGCACCUGGGCCGAAUACGAAAAAACCACCGAGAGAAAGUACUAAGAUGAAGUUUCUGGAAGCUGCACUGGCGAAACAUGAUAAAGAAACUCAGGAAAAGAAAAAUGCGGCUCUGGAGAAGAAAGACGACAAAGACAAAAACGCGAAUCAUGGUUCUGGUUCCGAAAAUGAACCACGAGCAUUAAACGGUUCAGGUGAUGAACGUGUCACGACAGGUGCCACAGGAGCGUCUGAUGGUCCCCACAGCUCCCCCUCCAUUGGUCCUUGGGGAGCCCGUUCAAACCUUGCUGCGUCGCUACAGACUGACGGAAAUCCAUACGGAAAUAACAACUCUGCCUCGAGUAGUAGCAUCUUCCCUCUCCCCCUCGGGUUACCUGGUAGUUCCAUCGCUGAGCAACGCGACAUUCCGGGUACUUUGCGUGAGCAUUUGUUUUGCCGUACGCCGUUUACGUGCAGUCCUGCUGCGGAAAGGCAAAAGAUGUGGGAUCUGUGCUACAGCAUGGCCGUUAAGGGACCGACUGAAUACCCCUUGAAAGACGGAAAUGCGUUUUCAGAGUUGCGCUUCUUGUGUCCAGCAGUUUUUGCGGCAUUGGAACAAGCUUGGAUGGUGGAUCGGAAAGUGGAAUUCAAUAGUAAAAACAUCCUAAAAGGAGAUGCUGUUGAGCUUGACCACGCACCAGGAACAGACAGUCAAGGUGAUCAUCGUGAUCGUCUGCCAACACGUAACGCUAGUAGAUUUGCCGCUCCUACUGCCACUGCCAAUUCACCGUCCUCUUCUCCUCGAUCUUCGCACAGUGGAAAAUCGCUGAUCCUCAAGGACGGAAAGGGCCACCGCGCAGUGGCAAGACAGGUUUUAACUCUCGUUCAGGGCAUGAUUUUUGGUCAGGAACCCCGUAAUUGCCCUAAGAAUGUCCCGGCUAACGCUGUCAAGGACAAAUGCGUUCGCGAGUUGUACCAUUUGUACGAUAGGAGGACAGGCGACUUGCCAACGAAAUACGAGCGGAAGCAAGUUGCUACGCAAUUGCCAUGGUUUUUUCUGCAUACCUUGGACUUGAGCAACAACGAAAUCGACACGGAGACAGCAACGAGAUGGCUGGAUUUUUUGCGAGUGUGGCGAAUUCAUGUGAAGAACAUUUCGUUUGCGGAUAAUCCGAUGGUAUAACUACUUGUUCAUUUUGUUUAUAAGCUCACGUCAGGUGGCUUUUUUUCUUCAUACUCAGAGAUUCUCCGGAGAAAAGCUUUCAUGACUAGGUCGACGUAUUAUAUAUAGUACAAUCGUUAUCGUACCGAUACCUUUACAUAGUAUGCAAAUGGAGCCACCCAACCAAUUCCAAUAUCUUCAGAUCGACCACCGUAUCUUCGGACCGCUUAUGCACUACGUGGGCGGAUGCGCAAGUGCCAUUCGCGUGAUCGAUUUGAGGGGAACCAACGUUUUCGCCUUAGUGCGCGAAGCCUCUUCCAGAGCUCUCGAUGAAUGCUGUGACUGCUUCUUCGAGAUGUUACAUAUGCUCUACCUGCAUGGUGCCUAUCCGCAGAAACUGUCUUCCUACUUGACCGAUGGAGGCGAGAGGAUGGUCGCUUGUCUGCCGAUUCGCUUGAUGCUGCCCAAGCCUGCCGAAAUGGAACAAGUUACCAAAAGAUGGGAACAAUUCUUGAAAUCGCGACCAUACUUGAAUCCGGAGAGGAUGAAGAUUGGGGAAAGAGGUUGUGCAGUGCGAAGUGAACCUAGAAGAUCGCCAUCAUCAUCACCGGGAAGCAGUCCAGAAGAAAGCCCCGUAAAAAUAGGUGAUGGAGGUUACAUUUCGAGGCCUGCGCCAUCAAAUACUUAUUUCAGCAGUACUUCUUCAUCCUUGGCCUUGCCGGGUGGAAGUAGAGCUACACCAAAAAACGGCAUCUCAUCUUCAACUUCUUCGUGGCCAGCCUGGUUUCCCGCUCUAGUAGUCGACUUUGCAUUAGACGUUGCAUUGGAGCAUGACAUGAACACUGAGUUCGCGAAGGUCUGUGACAACCUGGUAAAUGACAAGCGACAUGCAUCUAGGAAAAAGCGAGGCGCUCUGGCAGGUCUAGUCGGUCUAGAUUUGAUUGACGUCGACGGCGAUCAUGGUCAUGGAAGUAGUGAAAGUGCGACACCUGGUGGAAAAAGUCUCCUAGAGAACAAUGACGGAGGAGACGGAGAUCGGGGGAAACGUCUUAGUCGCAGUUUCGUGUAUUCCACACCUAGACAUCGCUCCGCCUCUCCCUCUUCUUCACCUGCUUCUCUUAGACCACAUGGCAGUCCGAAUCACGCAGUAGCAUCUCCUUCUCCUCAGAAUGGUGAGCUUUCCCCUGAAGACGUUGCCGCUUUUUUCGGUCUGCCAGAAGGUUAUCUAUGCGAGGAUCAGGAUGCAUCAGCGGACGAGGAGGAUGAGAAGCAUUUGGCUCGAGUGCUGCAGUUAGCGAGACACGAUCCAACGUCUAGUUAUAUAGCGGAUCAUAGCGAUCGUUUCUGUCCCGUGUUGCCAUUGGUGCCUGAAGAAUCGCCGACACUGAUGUCCUCAGAAGACGGAGGCCCAGCAGCGAAAAAAGCUAGGAAAAUGUCUCCGAGUGGGGAUAAUCACUCAGGACACAAGACGGUGUCGACUGUAGGAGUAGAGAAGAAGAACGGCGACUCAAAUAAAAAUGCUGCUUCUUCUUCAACCAAGGAUAACAGUGCUGCUGCAAGUGCAUGCGCAAAGAACGAUGAAAAACAAAAUCAAAACACGACUGUGGAUGCCGGUACCCCUGGCUCCAGUACCAACAACAAGAAUGGAAACAAAACCAAAAAGGCUAAGGCUAAGAGUAAGAACAAGAACAGCGCAACUCGCACUCGGCAAGAAAUCCUGAUGCAAGCAUGCGAAGAAGCAGGCAGUGCUGUUUCAUCCUCUGGCGCGGUUUUAGGAAGCCGCAACAAUACAACUACUAGAGGUGCUCCUCGCAACAAGAAGGGUCGAGGAAAGAAUGCUCCUGGUCGCAAAGGUGGACCCGGCGGACCUCUACGAGGGGCAAUGAAAGGAGACCGGAAAGCCAGAGGUCAACGCGGAAGGGACAGAAGUCGUACUCCUCGAGAAGCAGGUGGUGAAAGAAGCCGCAGUGGUAAUCUUGGUCGGGAUUCAUCAUCUAGUAGAUCACGUUCGCGCGGGUCUUCCUCUGACGCAUCUAGAAGAAGAUCCCCGAGAAACCGUCGCAGAGGCGGGAGAUCUAGGAGCCGGUCCAGAAGGCGAAGAAGGUCUGUUGACAGUCGUUCCAGAAGCAGGAGUAGCAGUGCCAGUGGAGGGAGGUCUAGGUCUAGGUCUUCUAGACAUUCUAGACAUUCCUCUAGUGACUCUGAAAGAAGUAGACGUGGCAGUGUUGAAAAAGCGCCUCGCAGGGGUCGUCGUCGUGACGAUUCUCGUGAGAACAAGAAGCAAGUGCAGAAUCGCAACAAUUCUGCCGACUCGCAUCUUUCGACAGGUGGAGCCGAAAAUGAAGCACAAGUCGCAUCUUCAUCAGGGAAGGUUCUUGAACAAGCCAUGACCUUUUGUGGAGAAGACCCUCCUGCUCCUGUGCAACAAGGCGUGCAGCUACAGUUUGUACAGGACAAGGAUGUCAAGAACAAGGAAAAGGCGGCUGCUGCGUCUGGUCAAGAACAGGAAGAUCUUGUGGCAGGAGUUGACAGCAAUUUAGUGGUUUCGCCCGAACAAGAACAGGCUCGUCUAGCCGCAGAAGUACAACAACACGAUCAGGAGACGGAGAAAGACCAAGAACCGAAAGAGGCUACGCGUACGAAGAGAAUCAGUGUGGGUGACAACCCUUUCGACAGUGAUGAAGAUAUUGCACAACAUGUAGGACGAGAAGGAGUGGAGCUAGACCUCCAAGACGAUGAUCCAAAGGCUGUACAUGUACAACUCGAUGAAGAUGAGAUCAAUCAGGAAUUCGAACGGCACGUGCAGAACAUGCAGACUUCUGAUUCCACGUCAAUGAUCCAAGAUCAAGAACUACAGGAUGCAGAUGUAGUUGAGCACGAAGAACAAAUGCGGGUACAGCCGCAUGAAGAUCAUGUUACAAAUACUACAUCAAUGAACUCGUCCAACUCUCUUUCUACUUCCGCUCUUGAUGCUGGCGUUGCUUGUGGUCUUCCUCCCGGUCAUGAGCAGGACGAGUGGCAAGAGGACGAAGAGGAUGAUGAAGAAGAUGACGACGAUCAAGAAGGGGAUGAAGAGGAUGGAGACAUAAACGCUGCAGAAGAUCUACUCGACUUCCUGUAAAAAUGCACAUUAUUUGAUUAUUUUAUAUAAGUAUGAAAAAAUAAGACGCGCAAUUUUUUUUUUCCAAAGCUCAGUCGAGGGUACCAUGAUUGUUUUUUCCAGUUGUUUCGUAACACCAAACUAAUAACAUUUCCUAUUUUCAUCUUGAUGAAUGCGAAUUGUUUAUUGCUCCUCACACUCACCAGAAGCACUAUAUUUCUUUUCUAGUAUGAACUAUGACGCUUACAAACAGACGGUCCCCUGUCUAAUGAUUCCUUAUAGUUGCAUUCAAGAAAGUACUCAGAAGAUGUAGUAGAUUUCUAUCCCUACUUAGUGAUCUGUUAUCUUCACCUAUAAGAAAAUUGCCCAAAUGGAAAUGGUUCGAUGUCGAGCCGACGUAACCUGUUUGAUCUAUUCUCGAAUUUUUU